AUGGUCAUUCAUACAUCCAAGACCGACCUUCGCUGUCAUUCUCGUCUACACACCUGCAUAAUUACCAAUUCGAUUCUCAAACCACCUACUGAACAUUCAUGUAAAUCCAAUGCAAUUGCUCAUGAAGCUCGUGUUUUUUCUCAACAAGUAGCCGAACGGGCUUUAAACACACAGGAAACGCCUGAAGCAAUUAUCACUAAUUGCUACAAAAAUAUGUCAGAUCCGUCGAUCGCUCGUCUUCCAGUGCGCGAAAAUAUUAAACGUCGAAUUCGAAUUCUUCGCCAAAAUAACCAAUUAGUGAAAGAACCGAAUGAUCCUAAAUUUUUAUCGGUUCCAAAUGAACUAACUUUAACUCAUCGAAAAGAAAGAUUUCUUUGUUCUGACACAGGCCCAGGUGAUGAUCGAAUAUUAAUCUUCGCAAGUCCUGAACAAUUACAAAUUUUACAAACGUCUGAAGAAUUCUUAGUUGACGGCACAUUCAAAGUUGUUCCUGAAAUCUUCUAUCAACUGUUUAUUAUCCAUGCUGUUUAUCGUAAUUAUGUUGUUCCUGUGAUUUAUGCUUUAUUAAGACGAAAAAAUACUGAUACUUACCAACGUUUAAUUGACGAAAUCCUUAAGAUUGCUCCAAAUUGGUCGCCUCGCUUGAUAAUGAUGGACUUUGAACAAGCAUCUAUUAAUGCCUUUCAAACCAAAUUUCCAAUUAUACAUCUGUCAGGAUGUUAUUUUCAUCUUCGCCAAAGUAUCCAUCGAAAACUACAGGAACUCCGUCAUCAAACUGAAUAUCAAAAUGAUACUGUAUAUACGCACAACAUUCAUAAAAUUGCAGCAUUGGCGUUUUUGGAACCCAGCUCUGUCGUUGAUCGAUUUGAAUUAUUAUGUGAAGAACUAGGUGAGGGAUAUGAUGAUAUUUUAGAUUACUUUGAAUCAACGUAUAUAGGUAAGCACUACUGUGGUUUUGAAUUAAUAUCCUUUCUAUACAUUUGUUAUCAGGAAAGUUAA